GUCAGCAGCGGGACAGCAGUACAGAGGAAGGACAGGUGAAACAGAGAAUGGUGUCUUGUUCUGGUUAGACGCAACCACACUGCUGUCUGUUUAAGGGAUACUGUUACUGGCAUGACCAGCGUGGGGAGGCCCAAAGCAGUGUCUCAUGGUGUCGUUGGGGAGGAGAAGGAGCGGACAUCGUCUCAUGGCAACGACAGGCUGAAAACAGUGUCUCCAUGCAUCAAAGGAAAACCCAGAGCUGUCUCUCCAUGCAUGAUAGGGGGGCAGAGGGCAGUGUCUACUUGGAGGCCAGAGGCGAUGUCUCCAGGUGUGGUGGGGAGAGAUAGGGCAUGGUCUCUUGGUGAGCGCCAGUCCACCAGUGGCCACAGCAGUUUGACCCCCUGCCAGACCACUUCUAAGACCAUCCGAGUGACGGACAUCUUGGACUCCAAACCAGAGCAAACCAAGGCCCCUGUCAAGAUCCGGCCCCCGAGCCCACGUCCCCCGCCCCCCAAGGAGCCCAUGUUCAGUAGCAACCUGUCCAGUGACCCUCCUACCCAGCCCAUCAUGAGACGCAGGGCCCAGUCUUUGCCCUCGGUCCACGAGAGAAUCAGAGACCGCCAGGUGCGCUUCGUGGACUCCUUGGGGCUGGAGCUGGAGCAGGUCAAGGUGUUCAGCAAGGGAGAGGAGCCUCGUAUCCCCCCCCACGUCUUCUCCAGACUUCUCAUGAGCGCUGAGAUGAACUCAGGCCGGUCCCUGGAGCUUUCCCUGCCUUACUUCAAACCCUGCUUCCCCGAAAACACGGGUUCCCAGCUGGGGUUCGUUCAGCGCCUGGUGGAGCAGGUGGUCUCUCUGGACCAGGUCCUGUGCUCUGAGCUGGGCAUCAUCGGCACGGUGCAGGUCCUCAACCUGGCCUUCAACAAGGAGGUGACGAUCUACUACUCCUUCACCAACUGGAGGAGCAGUGCAGAGACCAGAGCCUGCUGGGUGGCAACCCUACACAGGGAUCAGACGGAGGGACCAGAGUCUGAUGUCUUCCGGUUCCGUCUACCCGUCCCUCCGUUCAUCCUGCAGCCCGGAGCCCUGCUGGAGUUCGCUGUGUGUUACAGGGUGAUGGGAGCUGAGUAUUGGGACAACAACGAUAGGAACAACUACAAACUGUCCUGCCACAGCUACAAGCUGACCGUGCCCUGGGAGUGUGAGGACAGCAUGGUGCACUUCACCUGACUGGCCACUGGGGGGCAAACAGAGCUGUAGGCCGAUAGAGCUCUAUUACAUAGAGAUCAAUGGGGGAGUCAGAAAGCACAGCUGUGCCAAAUGGUCUGACUGUACACAGAUCUGCCUAUAGGAAUAGAAUAGAAAAUGAAAUAAGCCACUCUCCUUUUAAAAAUAAUUCUUAAAGGCAUUUAAAGACAUUGGUGAAUAGAGAAAUAGAGUUAAAGUAAUUGAAGGCAAAGCUGAUAAAGACAUAGCCAAGAUGACUCAAAGCUGUAAUCGCCGCCAGAGGCAUAUUACAAAUUAUAA